UGGGAUUCUAAAAAAUCAAGGCAAGCUCAACACUUUCUACCAUGGCGAGCGCUUCGCUUCUUCAAAGCAACAUGGUUCAGCUGACCUUCGCUAACAACAAAAUUGACACUUAUAUUCACUUGACUUUUAUAUCUUUGGUCACUGUUUGCCUCUGCUUCUUCUUGUGCUUCAUUGUGGUUGUGCUCAGCAUCUUCUUCACCAGUCCACAUCUCCGGGAGGAUGCUCGUUAUGUCCUCUUUGUCUACAUGCUUGUGAAUGACACGUUUUUUCUCCUGUCUGGUUUCACUUUGAUGCUAGGUGCAAUAUACCUUCUGUACAUCCCUGUACCAGUUUGCUUCAUUUUGUCCACAGUUUCAACAAUGGGUUUUCGAGUGACCCCAACCACCCUGGCAGCCAUGGCACUAGAAAAAUACAUAGCCAUAUGUCACGCAUUACGUCAUAAGGACCUGUGCACCCCGCAAAGAGCCAAUGUGGUUUUUACCCUCAUAUGUAUCGCACUGAUCAUUCCAAAUGCUGCUGACUUAGGUCUUAUGGCUUCAUCAAAUACAAAUAUAUUCAAUAUUUCUGUUAUAUGUAGAAUGGAACGCCUGUUUGUGAAUCCUUUUCAAUAUGUUUUAAGGUCAAUUAUUCUUGCAACGUGUUUUGUUUUGGUGACCUUUAUCAUAUUAUUCACAUAUAUCAAGAUCUCGAUGGUCGCUCGUAGAGUUAGCUCACAGUCUUCUAAUGCCUCCAAAGCCAAGAAAACCAUCUUGCUCCACGGCUUUCAGCUACUCUUAUGCACAAUGUCUUUAUUGUCGGCAUUCACUGAAGCUUUGCCUGCCAGUCAAGCCAUAUUUUUACCUUCGUUCAACUUCUUUGUGUUUAGUUGCCUGCCAAGGUUCCUCAGUCCAAUCAUCUAUGGAAUCCGGGAUGAAUAUUUGAGGGAACGUAUUAAGAAGUCUUUAACAAGACUUCUUAAAAACUAGAUGAUAAUGAGAUAUGGGUAAAAUUGUAAGCUUGUCCUGAUUUGGCCUUGAUAAACUAUAUAAAAAAAACAACAGGCUCCUCCGUAAAAUGGUACAAAGAGCAAUGCAGAUAUGGAAAAAAAAUCUGGCCCUUGGUUUUCAUGGACUUGACUUCAGCAAAUUGACUGCUAUGGUUUUUUUCAUUCUUUCUCGUUUUGCUGUCUAAUUGCCUAAUAUAUCAAAAAUGUGCUAAACUCUGGGAAUGUGAAAGAAACUACCCUUGUAGUGGGGCUUUCCUCAAAAUGCAAGGAUUAAAUGCUUGUUUUUGCCUAGGGCAGGGGUUUCCAAAUUUUCUAAAGAAAGGAUCAAUUUGCUGCCCUUCAGACUUUAGGGGGGCCGGACUGUACUCAGUGGAAGUAAGCAAUGCUCAGUCUUUGGUAUAAGGGGGAGAAAUAGUUGGUGCCAUUUAGAGGAAUAGUGUCCCAUUGUUGGGGUCAGUGG